GUAGUAUAACUUAACGAUAAGACAAGCGUGUUUUAUUUUCGCUUAGUAUUUUGACAUAAUGAGGAAUCCGAUGGUCUGUAUUUUAAAAUAGAACUCAACGACGGAUAAAAGUUGUUUUUUUUUUAUUUUCGAUAACGUGUCUGAAUGGCAGAUCAAAGAGACAUUUGUUAUCAAGUAGUUUGACUCAACGCUGAAUGCAGCGUUAACCUAACCUAACUUUUCUGCAGCGGUGUCGUUCGAAUCACACACGUGUGUUCUGUUGUACGAAUUGUAUUCUAUUGUUUAUUAUAAACCAGAGGAUUGUUAAUCUCCGGAAGGAAAUAGCUAUCAACGAAGCAGGAUGUCUCGUUUAAUAGUGAGACAUUUGCCAAAGAACAUCACAGAAACCAAACUGAGAGAAUUAUUCAGUGAAAAAGGUGUUGUGACCGACGUCCAGCUCAAGUACACGAAAGAGGGAAAGUUUCGUCGGUUUGCAUUCGUUGGUUAUAAAACAGAGGAACAAGCACAAUUGGCGCAAUCCUAUUUUAAUCAGUCUUGUAUUGAAACCUGCAAAAUAUCGGUUGAGCUUUGCUGUAAUUUAGGUGAUCCUUCUAAGCCGAGAGCAUGGAGUAAAUAUGCGACUGAUAGUUCACAUAACAAAGUUGAUAAAGCCUCCGAUGCUAAGUCAAAAGAAGCCUCAACAGAUUUUUCGGAAAAAUCCGAUGUAAAGUCUGAUAAGACUGGUGAAAAGAAAGAGAAAAAGAAGAAAAAGACAGACAAAAAUGACAACAAGGAACUCAGGAAAGCACUUGAGAAGCACAAGGAUGAUCCUUUAUUCAUGGAAUUCCUUGAAGCACAUAGGGGCAACAAUAUGAAAGCAGUAUGGAAAAAUGAUAUUGAAACAUCUGUAGAAAUUACUGGAAAGUCCAGUGGUGUCGAUGAUUCUAAAGAUGAAGAAGAUACAGCAGAGAGCGAAAACAAGGAAGAGAAAGAAGAAAGAAAGAAAGAAAAGGAAAAGAUUGCAGAUAAAGCUAUAUCAGAUUUAGAGUAUAUGGAAGCGUUAAAGAAAAAACAGGAUGUAAAGCAGGAGGAAAAGUCACUAGUAAAAGAUGCAUCAAAGCAUGGUCUGUUAAAAUUAUUUACCGUGAAGGUAUCUGGGCUCGGAUACAAACACUUGAAAAAGGACAUUAAGCAGUUCUUUCGUCCUUUAGUGCCAAAAUCCAUACGAAUCCCGCGCAAGAUCAAAGGCAUAGCUUACCUGGGAUUUAAAACAGAACUACAACUGAAGAAGGCUCUUUUGAAAAACAAAAGUUUCUUAAAUGGCAAGCAGAUAUUUGUGUCCAAGUACGAGCGAAAGGAGAAAUCUAGUGAAAACACGAAUAACAAGAUUAACGUCAAGUGGAAGAAACAAGAAGAGUCGUUAAAGGAUGAAGAGACUAUAGCAGAAUCCGGGAGGAUAUUUAUUCGAAAUUUGACGUACACAACCACGGAAGACGACGUGAGAAAACUGUUUGAAAAAUACGGUCUUCUGAGUGAAGUGAACUUACCUGUGGAUAAAGUCACCAGAAAGCCGAAAGGAUUCGGCACGGUAACGUUUCUCAUGCCGGAACAUGCUAUAAAAGCCUACGUUGAAUUGGACGGCACUGUAAUAGACGGUAGAAUGCUGCAUCUUCUUCCCGGAAAGGCGAAAACGUCGCUGGAAGACAUCGAUACAGAAAAUUUGACUUACAAACAAAAGAAGGAGUUGGAGAUGAAGAAGACCGCGAGCUCGUCGCACAAUUGGAACACACUUUUCCUCGGGCAGAACGCCGUGGUGGACGCUAUCGCCAAUAUUUACAAUACCACAAAAGAGAAGGUGCUGGAAGACGAGUCGAGGGGAAUGAGCGCUGCGGUGAAACUGGCGCUUGGAGAGACGCAAAUAGCCCACGACACGAAAGCCUUCCUGGAGGAAAACGGCGUGUGUUUGGACGCUUUUAAUCAAGCGCCGAAGGAGAGAUCGCGCUCCACGAUCUUGGUGAAGAAUUUGCCGGCCCUAACAAAGUCGGACGACAUCCGAGAGAUGUUCGCCAGGCACGGGGAGCUCGGACGUGUGAUACUGCCACCGUCGGGAGUGACAGCACUGGUCGAGUUCCUGGAGCCGUCCGAGGCGCGCAAGGCUUUCACGAAAUUGGCUUACACGAAGUUCAAACAUUUGCCGUUGUACCUGGAAUGGGCGCCGGACAACAGCUUCACCGCGCCCGCGUCCAAGAGCAAAGCGUCUAAGAACAAAACGUCCAAAGGCAACGCGACGAGAUCAAGUAACGUGGAAGGAGCUACCGAGGGAGGAGGAGCGACACGAGAGUACAAGGAAAACGCGAACAACGCAAACAAGAAAGCGGACGAGGACCACGAAGAGCCCGAGCCGGACACCACGCUUUUCGUCAAGAACAUCAACUUCGCCACGAAGGUCGAGGAGCUUAAGAGUUAUUUCGCUAAGUGCGGUCGCAUCCAUUAUGCCACGAUCGCCACGAAGAAGGACUCAAAGAACCCGGGCAGCAACUUGUCCAUGGGAUACGGAUUUGUGCGAUACAAGAGAAAGCACGACGCGGAUCGCGCAUUGAAGACGCUGCAGAUGACAGUACUCGACGGCAAGUCGCUGGAACUGAAGCGAUCUGAGAGAAUAUUGAUGUCCGAUGUCAAAACGGCGAGGAGGAAAUCCAAGAUUACCGAUCAGACCGGAAGUAAAAUCUUAGUGCGAAACGUACCAUUCCAGGCGACCAUCGCGGAAGUCACGGAGUUAUUCAAGGCGUUUGGCCAGUUGAAGGCCGCGCGAUUGCCGAAAAAAACGAUCGGCUUCGAGAAGCACAGAGGUUUCGCCUUCAUCGAGUAUUACACGAAGGAAGAUGCGAAAAGAGCGUUUGACAGUCUGUGUCAGAGUACCCACUUGUACGGCCGAAGAUUGGUGUUCGAGUGGGCUCAGACGGUGGAGGACAUUGAGGAAAUUAGAAAACGUACAGCGAAGCGUUUCCUCCAAGGGAGCUCAGCGAAGAGAUUCAAGAAAUCCACGUUGAAUGUUGAGAGCGACGUGGAGGACUCGUGAAGCGGCAGAACGCCGAGAAAUUUCCUUUGCAAUUCGAUCACGCGUCGGAAAGUGCAGAAGCAUUUUCUCGACACGUACGAGUGUCAGGGACAUCAUCGGACAAUCAUCCGACACCUCGCAAUCCGAGCACGUGCCGAUUUUCAUUCCUUUUCGCAUGGACGGCGGGAUUCAAGCCACUCGAUCGAAAGUCCCAGGAAUUUCCACCGAGUGCGAUAUUGACCUUCGUGUCACGUUUGCACUUUUUCUUUCCUCACUUUUCCAAAGAACAAUCCCGACGAUCAACGUGACACGACACGUUCGGAGUUCGCCUCAACGAGGUCGUUCACCGUUCAACGGACCUCGCUUUUCUGAGACAAUGUAACAUACAUGUACAUAGAUACAAUCACGAGAGACGAAGGUGAUUAACAAAUAUAUUUGUUGCGAUGGAAAUUAUAGCGUAAACAUCAGACGCUUGCAAAAGUUCCUAAGAUCACAAAUACAUGGAUUACCUCAAACGAUGAGUCAUUUUAUCGGGAUCGA